AGGCAGUGUCUGCAGGGCGAGAUGGCAAGGCGGGCACUGGCACUGGCACUCUGCCUGUCCCUGUCUGCGGUGGCAUCUGCCAACUGUGUCACCCAGUGCUCCCUCUGCGCAGCCCGGACCCGCAGUGCCGAGAGCAGCGUCCAGCCCCUGAUGUGCCUGUGGGAAUGCCAGGGCUCCUUGUCACCCGGCCCCGAGUGGGAGAUGUGCAGGAAGGCGCUGGCGCUCCUGGCCCCGCUGAUGGCCCUGGCUGAAGGGACAGAGCCGUCCCCACAGGAGGCAGAGGAGGAUGAGGCAGAGCCGGAGCAGGGUCUGGGCCCCGCAGAGCUGCCGCUGGCACUGGCCAAGCGCUACGGAGGCUUCAUGAAGAUGAUGUCCAAGGGGAAGCUGCUGUCCCUGCUCCGUGAGAACGCUCACAGCAAGGGUGGCCUCAGCAAGAAGUUCGGGGGCUUCAGCCGCAAGCCAGGGGAGCGAGCGGCCCCCGAGGACUACCCGGGGCCGGCAGGGGACGGGGACGAAGAGCCCACGGGUGCUGGGGCUGAGGGGCAGGAGCAGCUGCACAAGCGCUACGGGGGCUUCAUGCGCCGCAUCCGGCCCAAGCUCAAGUGGGACAAUCAGAAGCGCUACGGGGGCUUCCUGCGGAGGCAGUUCAAGGUGAUCACACGGUCGGACGAGGACCCCAGCGCCUACUCAGGGGAAGUCUCAGACCUAUAG